UAAUAUUUUCUUAGUUGAGAUCACAUUGUCAAUUUGGUAGGUGACAUUUGAAGAUCAUGUAUUUGAAAUCAAACUAGGAACAAAACAAAAUAUAAACCGAAAAAAUAAAUAGUGGAUUAGAAAUCAAACUAGGAACAAAACAAAAUAUAAACCGAAAAAAUAAAUAGUGGCGGCAAUCAGAUUGUUUGGAAUGAGACAAUUUGAGUAAACUGUUCGGGGGUAACACUUGUUCAGGUUGAUUUAGGAUUUGAAUCGGGUUGGGUUAUAUCGAUUCUUUACUACUAUGCUAAUUUAAAUAAAAUAAUAAUUUUUAGAAACAUUGAUAAUCAAGUCGGUUUUGCUCGGAUUAAAUCAAGUCAAUUGAUGUUAGUUUUUGAGUUGGGUAUUUCAAGUCGGAUAAAAGUUCUGAGAUAGUUUUUCUUGCUUUACAAAUUAGUGUGAUUUUUAAUGUGUAUGAGAGUAAAACCCAAAAAUUAAUGGAAAAUAAAUAAGGAAUGUCAACAUUCUUACCAUAAUUAUAAUUUGAUAUAUCAUUCAAAAAAAAAAAAAAAAAAAAAAAACUGACAUAAAAUUAUCGAAAUAAUUAAAAAAAUAAAAACACUGAUAAACUAAGAGAGUUAAUAAUGCACAUAAUUUAUGAUCGAAAUAUCUAAUGACGGAGUCAAAUGAAAUAAUAUGUUAGUAUUUUUGGAGAAUAUGUUUUCCAUGAUUAUUUGAUUCUACAUAGUAGAAAAGAUGACUCCCCAAUUCCCCAUUAACAUUUUUCGUGCUUAAAUGGUACAUACAAGUGCUGGAGUUAACGUUUGUUUUGUUGUCAUAGACCAAAAACUAAUCAGAAGAUUAAAGUGAAUAACAUAGAUAAUCUAAGAUGAAUGACUUGUUUUCAAACUCGUUUAAGAGGUACGCGAAUCUGAAGGAUCAAGCACAGCGCGAUGAUUUGGAGAUGGGGAAUCAGACAUCAGCCAACCUCGACAAGUUCUUUGAGGAUGUGGAUGGUGUCAAGGGGGACAUGGGAAAUGUAGACAAGCUCUACAAGAGGCUACAAGAGGCGAAUGAGGAAUGCAAGAUCGCGACUAAUGCAAAGGCGGUCAAGGACUUAAGGGCUCGAAUGGAUGCUGAUGUAGAGCAAGUUUUGAAGAGAGUCAAGAUCAUCAAGGGAAAGUUGGAAGCUCUUGAGAGGUCUAAUGUAGCCCAAAGGAACCUGCCAGGGUGUGGGCCGGGUUCCUCUGCUGACCGGACACGCACCUCUGUGGUUAGCGGCUUAGGGAAGAAGCUGAAGGACAUGAUGGACAACUUCCAAACACUGAGAGCAAAAAUGUCAGCUGAGUAUAAAGAGACAGUAGAAAGGCGGUACUUUACAAUUACAGGAUUAAAGGCAGAGGAAGAGACUAUAGAGCAGUUGAUCGACAGUGGAGAGAGUGAGUCGUUCCUUCAAAAGGCUAUACAAGAACAGGGAAGAGGACAGAUAAUGGAUACAGUGAAGGAAAUACAAGAGAGGCAUGAUGCGAUCAAAGAGAUAGAAAAGAAUCUGCUCGAGCUGCAUCAAGUUUUCUUGGACAUGGCUGCUCUAGUAGAAGCUCAAGGCCAGCAGCUUAAUGAUAUUGCUAGCAAUGUAAAUCGCGCUAGCUCAUUUGUUAGCCAUGGGGCAACUGAGCUGGUUGUUGCUAAGGAACAUCAAAAGAAUAGUCGGAAAUGGACUUGCAUUGCUAUAAUUCUUGGGAUUAUCCUUGUUAUAGUUAUCUUGUUUCCAAUCUUGUAUACUACUCUACUUGUGCCUCAUUUUAGUUAGUUAUAUUUGUGUUUAAUUCAUUUUUUUUAAUCAUACCAAAUGAUUUAUGUGUAUUAUCUUUUGAUUCUAGAUAAGUUUGAUGUAAUUCUUUUGCAUUGCAAUUUCAUGAUGAAUUUUGCAAUGUCCAUGAAAUCUAGUUUAUGCAAGGUCAAUUAGGUUGGAAAGUAGACUUCUGUACCUUUCUAACUAUAUAUUAUACGUAGUAAGCUUUUUGUUGAGUUUGAGAUCUGACUUUAAAAAAAAGAGUAAAAACUAUAGUUGUUCCACAAUGGUUAAAAAUUCAUUUAGAAGGAGCAGCUAAUGGUGAAUCAGCUCUUACUAAUUUUGAAGAAGUUGAAGUA